AUGGACAGUGGAGAUCGCGCCACUCCAACACAGAUUGCCUCCGCUACGCCAUUGACCGUACUCCACCAUAAGCUCGUCUUACUAGGGGAUGCCAGCGUUGGGAAAAGCUGUAUGGUGGUCAGGUUCGCCCGUGGAGAGUUCUAUGAAUAUCAAGAGCCCACUAUAGGGGCGGCCUUUAUGACGCAGACGGUCAGUCCUUUUCCUGACUCGCCCGUCCAGAUAAAGUUCGAGAUUUGGGAUACAGCGGGCCAGGAGCGCUACAGGAGCCUGGCUCCUAUGUAUUACAGAGGUGCUGCAGCGGCUGUAGUAGUUUAUGAUAUUACCAGCCGGGAAUCUUUCGAGGGCGCCAAGCGAUGGGUCAAUGAGCUCCGCAGCUCCCACAACCCAGAUGUCGUCAUAGCCUUCUGUGGCAACAAGUCUGAUUUGGCGGAGGAGCGGGAGGUCCCAACCCAGCGAGGGGCUGAAUAUGCACAGGAAAAUGAUCUCCUUUUCGUCGAGACCAGCGCCAAGACCGGAGCUAACGUACAUCAUGUUUUUGUCGAAAUCGGUCAGGGGGAGUUGGGCAAGGCCAACAAGGAAGAGGCUGGUGUAGCGGGUGUGGUACUCGCUGAGAUAUCAAGUGAAUUAGUCAGCAUCUUAGAAGGCAAGUAUUAUUCGUCCAACUCUAUCUGCCGUUGCUAG